AUCAUGCUAAGAAUUUGCAGCUGAGAUGGAAUUUCUCAUGCAAUCUCUGUUAAUUACUGUGAUCACCAUGGUUGCAUCUGUGUAUGUUUUGCAGAAAAGAAGAACAGGUGGCACUAAAACCUUGCCCCCUGGUAGCUUUGGGUGGCCCCUAAUGGGUGAAACCUUCCAAUUUUUGUUCCUCAAGAGUGAACAUUUCAUUCAAGAAAGGGUCAAAAAGUACUCCUCACAGAACUUCCACACAAACAUCCUAGGAGAGCCAACAGUGGUUCUUUCUGGUCCUGCAGCAAACAAAUUUGUCUCCACCAACGAGACAAAGCUUCUCAAAGUUUGGUACAUGAAGACUCAGCGCAGGUUCUUCAAUAUUCCUGACCAAAAAAUACAUGCACCAAAACAAGAACCUGCAUCUUCAGCUCCAGUGAAGAUCUUGGGGAUUCUGAGACCUGAGGGAAUAGCAAGGUACAUGGGGAACAAGGUUGAAUCAACCAUGCAUCAACAUUUCACGACACACUGGGAAGGAAAAACAGAAGUGAAGGUGUACCCUUUGGUGAAGGCCUUUUCCCUCACACUGGCUUCUCAAUUCUUCUUAGGCAUUGAUGAACCAAAAUUGGCCACUGAGUUUGAGCACUUGUAUUUUGGGAUCUACUCUGCUCCUGUGAAUUUCCCGGGCUCUUCAUACCGUAGGGCACUCAAGGCUUCAUCUGCAAUAAGGAAAGAGAUCCAAUUUCUGAUCAAAGAAAAGAUUGAAGCUUUGUCCAAGGGACAAGUUGUGGAUGACCUACUAGCACACGUAGUUGGUGCUGAGCAAGGUGGAAAAUAUGUGCCAAGAAUUCAAAUAAGCAACAUCAUCAUGGGGAUGAUGAAUUCAAGCCACAUGCCAAUAGCUAUUACUCUGGCUUUCAUGAUCAAACACAUUGGACAGAGGCCUGAUAUCUACCAAAAAAUCGUAUCCGAGCAUGCUGGUGUUACAAAACUCAAAAGAUCUGGUGCAGCACUAGACUGGGACAGCAUACAGAAACUGAAAUACACAUGGGCUGUUGCACAGGAAACUAUGAGACUCUAUCCAACUGCACCAGGUGUGUUCAGAGAGGUCAUAACAGAUAUCACAUAUGAAGGUUUUACUAUUCCAAAAGGGUGGAAGAUUUUUUGGUCACUGGUUGGGACAAAUAAGGAUCCGAACCACUUUCCAAAACCUGAAAGUUUUGACCCCUCAAGGUUUGAAGGGAAUAAUAUUCUUCCUGCUCCAUACACUUGGAUACCCUUUGGAGCUGGACCAAGAUCUUGCCCUGGACAAGACUACACGCGAUUUGUGGUCCUCAAUUUUAUUCACAUCCUAAUAAACAAGUUCAAGUGGGAAGUUACAGUUCCAGAUGAGAAAGUUUCAGAGGGUCUAAUACCUACCCCAGCAGAGGGAGUAUCAAUCCGUCUUUAUCACCGUUAAGUUCUCACAAGUGCAGAUAUUGUGAACACGAAGAACAGUUCGAAAAAAGCAAUAUCAUAUGAUAAUAAAGACGACAAACGACCCAGACAAGGUUAAUUGAUUAUAGGAUUGUAUGUGUAAUGAGACAAUGUAAUAAGAAUAUUCGGAGUGUUUUGUUGUCGUUUUCUAGAAGGAAAAAAGUGAUGUUGAGUAGGUAACUAUUUUGAAGAACAAAUCGUAGUUUCUCCGUGCAUGUGAAAUCCUUAUAAAAGAGAUGUUGAUAUCAGAUCAUAUAUAUCAAUCAAUGGCAUGGUCCAGGUUAUAUAUA